GUCAGUAAAAAGCCCCUCAGGUUGGAUACGCCUCGUUGCAGAAGAGGUUACAAAAAAGUUUUGACGGCGAUAGACAGAUCUCACAAAAUUGGCAGGUGCAAGUAACGCUUUCCCAUGAGAAGUUUUUCCUGUGUGUUUUGUAAACCAUCCAUCAAGGCAUGUUAUGCAACUGAGAGAUAUUCUUUUAGGUAUAGUUACGUAAAUAGGUAUUCCGCUCGCGAGCCGCUCUCGUGGGACCAUAGUUAAGAACUUGCUGUGCAUUUUGGCUUUGAUACGAACGCCGUGAACAUUCAACAUGCAGGCUACCAAAGUCGCUGACACCCCAAUAGAAGUCAUAUGUGAUUUAUUAACCAAAGCCAAGGAGCUAGCAGAUGGCAAUGCCAACAUUCCAGAGGACCUGAGGGUCAAUCUACAGAAGGCCCUGGACAUCGCUUGUGGACUAGACAGCUACCUGGAGAAAAUGAGUAGCCAGGAAAGUGCCCCUCUUGCUGAGCUGUACAAGAAAACCAUGGAACACGACUGGGAUGAAGUGUUUAAAGAGAACAAGACACAGUUCCGUCUGCCAAAAGAGUGCAUCACUGGGCUUGUGGAAGGCCAGACUCUGAAAAUGCUGGUCCACAUGAGCAAAGCCAAGAAGAUCCUUGAGAUAGGCAUGUUCACUGGGUAUGGGGCGCUGUCAAUGGCUGAAGGACUGCCCAAGGAUGGUUCACUGGUAGCCUGUGAGCUUGAGCCAUAUCUUAAAGAAUUUGCCCAGCCCAUAUUUGACAAGUCUCCACAUGGCCAGAAGAUACAAGUAAAGACAGGCUCUGCCAUGGAUUCCUUGAAGGAAUUGGCUGCAGCAGGUGAACAGUUUGAUAUGGUCUUCAUCGAUGCCGACAAGAACAACUACAUCAACUACUACAAGUUCAUCCUGGACCACAACCUCUUAAGGCUGAGCGGUGUUCUCUGUGUUGAUAACUCGCUGUUCAAGGCUAAGGUCUACCUAAAAGACACCACUGAUAAAAACGGGCUGGCGCUUCAAGCUUUUAAUGAGUUUGUCUCUAAUGAUCCUCGUGUGGAACAGGUCAUUGUUCCUCUCAGAGACGGGAUCAGCAUCAUCCGUAGAGUACCCAUGUCACCAGGAUCGGCUGGUGCACAGAGCAAGGCGAUUGACGACGAGGUAUUUCGCGGUGUUAACGGGAGGUCGAUCCUGGAUCGGAUGCGUCUGGACGGCCGGGUGGCCUAUGUGACGGGGGGAGGCCAGGGAAUCGGCAGGGCGUUUGCACAUGCCCUGGGAGAAGCUGGGGCCAAAGUGGCUGUUGUGGACCUGGACCAGGGGAAGGCUGAGGCCGUGGCAGAGGAGCUGAAGCUUAAAGGAAUAAAUAGCAUCGCGAUUACCGCUGACAUCAGCAAAUCGGCGCAUGUCGAGAGGAUGUUGGACAGCAUUGUGUCCAAAUGGGGAGAGAUCCACAUAGCGUGCAACAACGCAGGGAUCAACAUGAACUCAGCCAGUGAGGACACCAGUCUGGAAGAGUGGGACCAAACAUUUGAUGUCAACUUAAGGGGGAUGUUCCUCUGUUGUCAGGCCGCAGGUCGUGUGAUGCUGAAACACGGAUACGGGAAGAUUAUCAACACAGCAUCCAUGGCCAGCCUAAUCGUACCACAUCCACAGAAGCAGCUGGCCUACAACGUAUCGAAGGCAGGUGUGGUCAAGCUGACCCAGACACUUGGCACCGAGUGGAUCGACAGAGGGGUCAGAGUCAACUGCAUCUCACCGGGGAUUGUUGACACCCCUCUCAUCCACUCAGAAAGUCUGAGGCCUCUGGUGCAGUGCUGGCUGUCAGAUAUCCCUGCUGGACGACUGGCUCUAGUGACAGACCUGCAAGCUGCAGUGGUCUACUUGGCAUCUGAUGCCUCCGACUACAUGACAGGGCAUAACUUAGUCAUAGAGGGUGGGCAAAGUCUGUGGUAGAGACGGGGGGGGGGGGACUUUCUCUGUUCCACUCUUGGGAAUAGUCACCUGCUGUGAAUGAAUGAGUUCCUCACAGGGAGGGAAUAAUAGUAUAGAGAGAUUAAGUUGGGCUGAUUUACCUCACUGUUUGACUGUUAUCUUUGUCAGAUUGGAGAUUAUUAGGUUUCGUACUGUACUCCUCAGCUACACUGGCCAUACUUAUUUCGACACAGCUGUGUUUUAUGUUGCUGUUCAUUUCUUGUCAACAAUGCAAAGUGUUACACAUAUUUUAAUGCUGAUUUUACAUUACGCCGUCUACCUGAUGCAAUCCUUUGGGCAUUUAAAAACUCGCUUCCAUCUUAAAUCACUCACUCUGUGAGUGACAGGUAUAAAAAAAAAGUGUGUAAACUAGAAUUUGUUUCUUAAGUGCAAAGUACUUGAAAAGGGUUUAUAGUUCAGGUUUUUAAUACACUGAAGUUGUGUUAUUUUCUACCGUGCUAGUGCAUACUGGUUGAUAGAUUACAAAAGCUGAAUUGGGAAUAGAAGUUUAAGAAAAGGAAUCUGAAGUUGAAGUUGUUGAAGUUGUUCAACAGUUGAAGUGCAAGUUGUUCAACAGCACAGAAAUGUGUAUGGCAAGAUACUGUGCAUAUGACUGUCUCGAAUAAAUAACUACAAAACCUG